UUUAUUCCAAGGGUUUAUUUCCGGAGUGGGCCGUUAUUGAUGCGAGUGGAGGCUCAAAAUUCGGUGGAGACAUGAACAUGUACACAGUUCCAAGCCCGGGAAUACCCGGAUGCCCACCUGGGCUGGAAUACCUUACUCAGGUGGAUCAGCUGCUCAUCAAACAGAAAGUUGAACUCGUUGAAGCUCUGGUGGGCUUUGAGAGCAACAACAAGUACGAGGUGCGCAACGCCAUGGGCCAGAACGUGUUCUACGCCGUGGAGGAGAACGACUGCCUAAGUCGACAGUGCUGCGGCCCCAUGCGUCCCUUCUCCAUCCACGUCCUGGACAAUUUUGGACAGGAGGUCAUCACCGUCACCCGCCCGCUCAAAUGCAUGUCCUGCUUCUUCCCUUGCUGUCUGCAAGAGCUGGAAGUGCAGGCCCCCCCAGGCAACACGGUGGGCUACGUGGUACAGCAGUGGCACCCGUUCUCCCCUAAAUUCAUCGUCGCCAAUGAACACUCGGAGCCCGUCCUCAAGAUCCACGGUCCUUUCUGUGGAUGGAGCUGCCUUCCAGAUGUGGACUUUGAGAUUCUGACCAUGGAUGAAGUCAGCAAGAUCGGGAAAAUCAGCAAACAGUGGACGGGCCUCCUUCGGGAAGCGUUCACAGAUUCAGACAACUUUGGCAUCCAGUUUCCCAUGGACCUGGACGUGAGGAUGAAGGCCGUCAUGAUCGGAGCAUGUUUUCUCAUCGAUUUUAUGUUUUUUGAGACGACUAACUAAAGAGUAGAAGAAAUUGCUCUCCUGCAACACUGCUGGAAGAAGGAUCAGGGCCAAAAUGCUGCUCCACAGCGCCAUGCAACCUUCAUCAGAUCAGGUUUUUUAAAAAGCUGAAUGGAUGUGGAGAUAGAAUGCUCGUUUUUUGACAGCUGCAUUCGUAUCCAGUUUGUUACUCGUUUCAGUUUGAAUUGGUGCAUACGUUUUUUUUUGUUUUUUUUAUUGCUCGUGUUCACGUUGAGUUUGCUGAGCCAACACAGAAGCAUCAAUUAGUGAAAUACAUAAAAAAAAGAUGUUAAGUGAGACCUCAUAGCGUUUGUGUGACUUUUUAAGGCAUAGGGAAUUGAAAUAGUACACCGUGUGUGUAUAGAAGUAAUAUUGCAUACAAAUGACUUUUGUUUGUGAUCCAGAUGUUUUAUUGGAACAAAGAGCAAUGUGUCUGCCCUGCUUUCUGUAUGUGUGCUGUAAGUGAACCAGUGUGAAGAUUACACAUCACAGUAUGGGUUAGUUAAGGCUUUCAAGCGUACGUUCCAGUGUGGUCCACAAGAGGGCGCCAGCUUUUCAUCUAAGAAAACGAACAAGCCUCUGAUCUGCUUUCUGUCAUGUUUGUAUUAAGAUAGUAGUGUAUAUUUUUGGACAAUCUCAGGUUGGAAUGCAUGCUACUUGAAUUUAAUGUCAGCAACUGCUUACUCACUUGUAACUGACUAUGGAUUGUACACAUUCACUGAACAUGUUCUAUUCAAAAUAUUUCUAUUUUCUAUGUUGCUACACGGUGUUAGUAUUGUAGCAAAAACUCCAACUGAAGCAUUAGUUACAUUGGUAGUCAUUGUUUUUCUUCAGAUAUGCAGGUCUUUCAUGUUUUAUUAUUAGUUUGAAACUGUUUCAAAUAAUGAGUUGAGUGAAAUAUCUUUGUUCCUUAUGCAACAUUAAAGUAUGU